AUGGCGGACCAGAAAUUAGUAUCCGUCAAGGAGGUCUCGGGGCAUCAAUCACCCGAGGACUGCUGGAUUGUGGUUGACAAUCAAGUCUGGGAUGUGACAGAUUUCCUUGAUGAGCAUCCUGGAGGCUCUAACAUUAUCCUGAAGUAUGCGGGCCGUGAUGCUACGAAGGCCUAUACGCAAGUACAUUCGCCGAGUGUCUUGAGAACAGGCCUCGAACCAGACAAGCUGAAAGGCGCCCUUGAUGAGUCCACAAUUGACGAAGACUGGAUUAAACCACCACCAGGCGAAAGUGCCAAGUUACUUCUGGACAAUGAAAAGCCUCCAUUGGAAACCCUGAUUAACUCCCACGAUUUCGAGGUCGUCGCCUCCAAAACUGCAAACAAAAAGACGUGGGCUUUUUACUCCAGUGCAUCUACGGAUUUAAUCACGCGAGACGCGAAUAAGUCGUGCUUUGAUCGCAUAUGGUUUCGGCCUCGAGUACUCCGUAACGUGCGGUCAGUGGAUACUAGAGCAAAGAUUCUAGGGAGCGACUACAAACUUCCGCUCUUUGUUAGUCCAGCAGCAAUGGCCAAGCUCAUUCAUCCAGAGGGAGAAUGUGCGAUUGCCCGGGCGUGCGAGAAGAAGGGUAUCAUUCAAGGCAUUUCCAAUAACUCUUCGUUUACUAUGAAUGAGUUGCGAAGCACUGCCCCAGACGCCAGUUUCAUUUUCCAGCUAUAUGUCAAUCGGGAUCGAGAAAAGUCCGCCGAGCUUCUCCGACAAUGUUCUGCCAAUCCCAAUAUCAAGGCAAUCUUCGUGACUGUCGACGCUGCAUGGCCUGGUAAGCGCGAAGCGGAUGAACGAGUCAAAGCUGAUGAAGGCAUUUCUGUCCCAAUGUCACCAUCUAAAGCGCAGAAUGACAAGAAAGGCGGUGGUCUGGGUCGUGUGAUGGCUGGGUACAUUGACCCUGGUCUCACAUGGGAGGAUCUGAAAUGGGUCCGACAGCACACCCAUAAACCAGUUUGUCUCAAAGGAGUGAUGUCCGCUGAUGACGCUCUUAUGGCUAUGAAGGCUGGCUUGGAUGGAAUUCUUCUCAGCAACCACGGCGGUCGUAAUCUCGAUACUAGUCCACCUUCUAUCAUUACUCUAUUGGAGAUGCAGAAGAGAUGUCCCGAGGUCUUUGAUGCUAUGGAAGUGUAUGUCGACAGCGGUAUCCGUCGAGGAACAGACAUUUUGAAAGCUAUAUGCUUGGGUGCAACUGCGGUGGGCAUGGGUCGGAGUAUGCUCUUUGCAAUGAACUAUGGACAAGAAGGUGUUGAGCAUCUCAUCGAUAUUAUGCAAGAUGAACUAGAGACUGCCAUGCGCAACAUUGGCAUCACUUCAUUGAAUCAGGCAUCCCCUGACUACGUUCACACAGGAGAUGUUGAUCACUUGGUCCCAGCUUCUCGUUCACAUCCAUAUGCUCGAGCCAUAGCUAAAGGUCGGAAGCGAAGCUCGAAGCUUUAA